ACUUGUUGUUGUCUUCUCUUUAAAAAAAUAAAAUAAAAUAAAAAAUAUUUUUAGACCCUUUUUGACAGAGCUUCUAGCUGUCUUUCUGGUGAUGGCAAGUCAGAAUUGAAAUUAUGGCGUGGCAAAAUACAGGAGAAGAAAAAGAAUAAUGUCAUCUUCCAAAAUUUAUGGAGAUGAAUGUGAAAGUAGUGAAUCUGGAUGGACAAUGUACAUUGUUUCAUCCAUUGACGACGAUUCUCGAAACAAAAACUACGAUGACAGAAGUAGCAGUGGCCAAAGAAAUCCCGUGGUCAUCAAUGAUGAAGAUGUAGAUACCGAUGAUUCAAUGGCUUCUGAUGCUUCAUCCGGGCCGGGCCAACAAAUAGUAAAAACAGAGCAAAGGAACUACAAUAUUUCAAACAAAAAGUACAAGAAGUCAUUGGGCAAGAAGAAAGGUGGACAUGAAGAGAAACAGAAAGUUGAUGAGAAGGAAGCUAUUGUGAAUGAUAAAAGAGGUGUUGUGGCUACUCUUCAAAGUCGCAAUAGUGCUUGGUUUAGGGGUAAAAAAAAGUAGUAAUUUGUUUGGGUUAAUGAAGGGGUAAAAAUGGAAACAAGAACCUCGGAGUCAUAUUGUUGUUCUUUUGUUGUGUGUAUGGUUUAUGGAUGUUCCAUACAAGAUAUCUCUGUGUGUUUCUUUAGGCUAAUUUUUUUAGUACUUUUAGGGAAAUUUAGUAAAAUUUGGAAAAAUCUCAUUUUGUU